AUGAGCUCUCCAAUCUUCUUCGUCGAUUAUAGCUUGGUAAUAUGGCCGGUCAUCAUCUACUCCGGCUAUGUGGUCAGCCAAGUGAUCUAUCGUGCAUUCGUGCACCCUCUUUCCAACUAUCAAGGCCCAUUCUUGUACGCUGUCUCUUAUGUUCCUUACUAUCUCGAUAUGUGGCUUGGACGCAUGCACACCGUAGCGAAAGACCUCCACGAUACGUACGGCGAUGUGGUCAGGAUCAGUCCUACCCAGCUCUCGUACAACACCGCUGGCGCCUGGAAGGACAUCUAUGGCCACAGACCAGGAAAAGCUCAACUUGAAAAAGACCCAAGUUUCUACUUCAAGCAGAAAGAAGGUCCUUCGAUCUUCAUCUCGGAUGAUGCUGACCAUAGCCGCAUGAGGCGUCUUGUAUCUUAUGCAUUCUCCACACAGGCUCUCCUUGAACAGGAGCCGCUGAUCAUGAAGUAUGUUAAUCUUCUCAUCAGCCAGUUAUGGUCAGAGGUCAGAGGUCCCAGCCAUGGCACCUUGGACAUCGUCAAAUGGUUCAACUGUACCACUUUUGAUAUCAUCGGCGAUCUAGCCUUUGGAGAGCCCUUUGAUGCAAUCCAGAAUGGAGAGUACCAUCCCUGGAUCACCAAUAUCUUCAAGGCUGUUCAGGCAACUCAGAUGAUCAGAAUCACCAACGCCUUCCCCAUUGUCAAACUGCCCCUGAAGUUCAAGGCCAAGAAACAGCAAGGCUCGGGUGAUGCGAGAGCGGAACACCAGAGAUAUAGUGCGGAGCUCGUUGCUAGACGCAUGGCAACUGAGACGAGCAGAAAAGACUUCAUGUCCUAUAUCUUGCGGUAUAACGAUGACAAAGGCAUGAGCGUAGCUGAGAUCAACCAGACUGCCAAAGUGCUAGUUCUGGCUGGUUCUGAAACUACAGCGACGCUGUUAUCAGGCGCGAUCUAUCAUCUUCUCAAGAACCCGCUAACCUUGGAAAAGCUUGUCGAUGAAGUUCGGAGCUCUUACGAAAGUGAACAUCACAUCAACCUUGUCUCGUCUGCAAAACUGCACUAUCUACAGGCUGUGCUUGACGAGGCCCUGCGGCUCUAUCCUCCAGUGCCUGGCACAAUGCCCCGUCGUACUGGUUCAGAAGACGAGUUCAUUCUCGGACGUCACGUACCCGCAAGAACUUCGGUCGGCGUCAGCCAAUGGGCCGCCAACCGCUCUGCCUCCAACUUUGUCGACCCCGAUUUGUUCAUCCCAGAGCGCUGGCUGGGCGAUAUCAGGUAUCAGAAUGAUCAAAGAGCAGCCGUUCAGCCUUUCUCCGUCGGCCCACGCAAUUGCCUCGGUAAGAAUUUGGCUUACUCUGAGAUGAGAACGAUCAUGUCUAAGAUACUGUGGAACUUUGAUCUCGAGCUUUGCACGGAAAGCAGUUUUUGGAUGAAGCAGAAGGUGUUCUUCAUGUGGGACAAGCCCAAGCUGAUGGUCAAGCUCAAGCCACGGAUGUAAUGGUUUAGAGAGGAACGAGCAGAUUAGCUUGGGCCAAGGGAGAG